CGGAAGUAGCGCGACAUUUAAAUCUCACUGUAGAGAACGGGAGCCGGGGACGGAUGAGUGGGCGACCGACGGUAAUAAACUGGCGACCUGACGGGCUAGAUGUUACAAGACACAGAGCGGAGCUCAUCAGCAUGGAGGCAAUCCAAAACUGCGCAGACUGAAGAGGAGACACGAUGUCUCCUCCAGGAAUUCGCUGAGCAAAAACGUAAGGAACGGCAAAAGGACCCAGAAAUGAAACGUGUGAAGAACAAGUACAGGUUAAGAGCCCCGGCUUAUCCCGUACCCAGGAAUGUUCUCUGUACUGGGAAGCAGCUCCCGCGUACUCCGGGUCCUGGGAUUUUACCGCUUCUGCCAUCUCAGAUUUUUGAGCCAAGAACGGAUGAGGAGUCGUUCAGUUCAUGUGCAGUGAAAACCACUGACAACACAGUGCCGUGUGGUCGUCAGCUGCCACGGACUCCGAUAAAAGACUAUGUAUUGAGGGAAGUUCAGGGGAAUAUAAAAGAAGGCAAAACUUUAAAAAGCACAACUAAAAACGUAGUGGACGGGGGCAGCGCCGCGAUCUGUGAUGCAGCAGAAGGCAAAAUAGCAAGAAGUGAAGGCGGUGAUGAGAACUGUGAAGUUCCUGGAGCAUCUGAAGUAGUUUCAGACUUGGAGAACUUGUCUUCUGCUGGUGGCAUGUUGACCGCGCAAAAGAUGAUGACAGGCACAGAGAAAAGGUCAUCAGCGGGGGGUUGCUCACAAACUACAUUGAGUGAACAGGACACGCGGAGUCUCCUCCAGGUAUAUGCUGAGCAAAAACGUGAGGAACGAGAAAAGGAUCCAGAAGUAAAACGUGUGAAGAACAAGUACAAGUUAAAAGCCCCGGCUUAUGCCUCCCCUGGGAAUGUCCUCCAUACUGAAAAGCAACUUCCAUCCACACUGGAUCCUGGGGAUUUACCCGUGGAACCCUCUCAGGUGUUUGAACCAGACCUAGAGAACCUCUCCUCAAGUGGUGGCAUGGUGACCAUGCAGAGGGAACCAAUAAGUGAAGAUACUGAUGCCUUCUGCAUGCCAGUGGUACAGAACAAUAGGAGGAUAAGUGAAAUGCCUGUCCGAGGAUUAAAUCAGAUGCGUAUAUCAGGUGUGCUGAAGAAGAUGGCCGGCUAUGAGUAUCGGAAUGAGGACCUAGAAUUUCUAAAGCAUGUGGAAAACCAGGAGAAAGCUAAAGUGUUAAAGAAAGAACUACUGUGUCUAAGGAAAGAUCUCGCAGCCACAAAGCAAGAAAAUGAAUUGGUCUUGGCCAAGAGGGAGAAGAUUGAAGAAGACAUUGAGAAGAUGAAGCUUUCACGGGCUAGGACUGUGGCGCUGGGGAGGGGGGUGCUGAGCAGGAUGCAGGAGCCGACCAGCAUUGCCGAUCUUUCCCCCGAUGACGUGCUCAAGCAGCUGAACUUUAUGACCAUUCAAAAUGUGAAUCAGCAGACGAGACAACAACUUGCGGCGGCUGAGAAAGAACUUGCAAGAAGACAGGAGGACGCGGCCAACAGAACGAGUCUGGAUGAAAAUCACAAGAGAUCCUUGACUUUGAAGUUGGAGUCCUCUGAGCAGCACGUCAAGGAGGUACAAUAUAGAAUCCAGCAGCUGAAGGAAGAAGUGACCACCCUGAGGGCGCAGAUCAAACGUUCAGAGGAAGAUAAAUCUGAGCUAGAGGCAAGUGUGCACAAAAAAAGACAGCAAAUCGGCUACUGUUUAAAGCAUGUGAAGCAGAAUAGUGAGAUGUCUGAGGAAGAAAGAGAGAAGAUGAACCGCAGACUGCAAAGGAUCCUCCAUAGGAAAGACAACUAUCUAGAACGCGAGAGGAUCCUUAAGAGGCUGAAAGAAGACCUCCGAUGAGACUCUGGAAUAGAGGACUAUUUCACACUGGAGGUUUUCUGAUCAUAUUGUUCUGGAAAACUAUAAAGGAUGUUAGGACUUUCUAUAAGAAGUUACAGUAUUGAUCCUCCUGAAAGUGUGGGCAAAUCCCAGGAGCCAGGCUGACUAUGUGUUUCUAGGUACACCUACUGACAUCAUCUCUGGAUCCUAAACUUGUCCACAUGACUACAUCUUCCUGCUGUGCAUGGAUUUACAACCACUCUGUACAUGAAAGGUAUUGUCCAGGAUGGUACUGCUAAUGACCUGUCCUCAGGACAGGCUAUCAAUAUCUGAUGAUGCGGCAGUCGUACACCAUGUACCCCUUCCAAUCUGUUGUUUUGUGGUAGCUCCAGUCGUGGAAUUACACGUCUCCGUCCAUUGUGUAGUGGAUAGAUCUGGUAACUGCAGCGUAGUAGUAGCAGCCAGCUCCAUCCACUGCACCAGGGUUCAGAAGCCUCCUGCACUCCAGCAGUGGUGAAACUACGAUUCCCAGCAUGCACACUUGCUAGGCUGUACUCAGAGCUCCCAUAGAAGGGAAUGGAGCAUGCUGGGAUAUGUAGUUUCCCAACAGCUGGAGUGCCACGAGUUACUAAACCAUGGACAGAGCUAUGGCGGUUUGACGUUGGAGCUGCUGCAGGACGGGAUUGUCAGGGUGUUGAAGUCCUUCUGAUCAGACGUAUGUGGCCUAUUCUGAGGAUAAGCCAAUAUCAAUAAAAUCCUGGAUAAACGUUUUAUAGUUUUAACUUGUUUGUAAAUAAUAAUAAAAACAAUGGCCCUGGA